AUGCCCCACGCCCUUCGGAUUCCGUCGCUCGAGAAGCUAGUGGGCAAGCGUGUCAUUCUCGCCUCGAACAGUCCAAGGAGGAAGGAGAUCCUACAAACAUUUGGCCUGGCACCAGAGAUUGUGCCGUCAACAUUCGAGGAGACUUUGCCCGUCAGCUCGUUUGAGGACAUACAUGAAUAUCCUGUCGCGACAGCGACACACAAGGCUGUGGAAGUGUACGAGCAACUCGUGCAAGCGAGUCCCGACGAUGCGCCUGAUCUCGUCAUUGGAGCCGAUACCGUUGUCCUAACACAUCCCAUGCCUGGACUAACAAGUUUCGCCCCCCAAGACAUCCCUCUGACUCCUCAAGACUUGCUAGAAAAGCCAAUAUCAAAGGCAGAUAACAUGCGCAUGCUGCUAGAUGUGAAUGGUGGUGUGUGUGAAGUUGUCACUGGCGUGUCAGUAGUGUACCCGGUGUUGGAAGCUCCCGGAUAUAAGAUCAAAUCCAUUGAAGAAAGAACGCUUGUCUAUUUUGCCGAGAACUCGCAGGAAUUGCUCAACGCCUACGUGGAGAGCGGUGAGGGUUUAGAUCGUGCGGGAGGUUUUGCUAUUCAAGGUCUGGGAGGAGUACUCAUUCGCAAGGUCGAUGGUGAUUACAACAAUGUUGUGGGCUUUCCUGCUGCAUCCUUCUUCAAGUUCCUCGACCUCCUCUUUGAAGAAGAGGCGGAUUUCCUCGCUGUAUAA